UGGCUGUUCGAUUCUUUACAGAAAAUCAUUGUCUUCGAGCGUCACACCUUUGUAUACACACUCCAAUAGAUUUUGUGCUGUUAAAUGGUGUGAGUUGUCCGGCUCAUCGGUCUUGUUGGUGAAUGUGUACUUGCCCUCAGAAAGUGAUGUAUCUUGUUUUAGUGAUUUGUUGUUUGUGAUCUUUCUUAUAUAGUGAGUCGGUUAAUUUCAAAUAUGAGAGAGAUGACGGUCUUGUGAUUGACCAUGUUGUGUGUUCACAGUCACUCUCUUCGUUUGUUACUGAUAUAUAUAUACAUACUGUAACAUGUGGGACUAACCUUUCUGAUCAUCUUCCUCUUUCUUUUUUGCUGAAUAUGCACUGUACUCCAAUAAAUGCUAUGCCAUCUACUACUUCUAAACCUACAGCUCGCAUAGACUGGUCUAAAGCUACUCAAUCCUCCAUCAUGAUGUACCAGGAUAUGGUUUCAGAUAGGUUGUCUGCUCCUCCAAUUAUGUUUCUGCAAUGUUCCCAGCCUGAGUGCACUGCUCUACUUGAUGAUUAUGUGAACCACAUUGUUUCUACCUUACUGGAUUGUGCUUUCUGCUGCUUUCCUAGCAAGUCAUCAUCCUCACGGAGAGUUCAUGGCUGGAACGACAGUGCUGCAAAGGAGGCCUCAAUUCUCUGGCAUAGAAUAUGGACUGAAGCUGGAUGUCCGUCAGCUGGUGUUCUCUCCACCAUAAAGAAACAUGCGAAAAAGAGAUACAAGUACGAGGAGGGAAACCUUUAGGUCGGAUAUCAAAAGGCUGAACAAUUCCAGAACCCCUCAGGCAGCACCUACAAAUGGUAUCUCCAAAAGUGAACCUGCUCUACCUCAACAAUGACCUAGUACCUCAUAAAACGCUUAGAUACAUAAUUAUAUGGAAUUGAUUUCUUGCAGCACUUUUCCUAACACGGAGCUUCCAAAAGAUACCA